UCUUUCCUCUUGUUAUGUUGCCUAGACUGGAGUGAAGUGGGUAUUCACAGACAUAAACAUAGCACAUUAUAGCCUUCAACUCCUCAGCUCAGACCAUUCUCCUGUCUCAGUCUCUUUAGCAGCAGGGACUAGUGGCAUCCACUGCCAUACCUGGCUCAAUCAUUAUUUCUUUAAACAAGCUUUCUGCCCCUUUCUCACUUCUCCUUCUGGAACAUUCAUAAUUCAUAUAUUAGUUUGCUUGAUGGUGUUCCAUAUGACCUUUGUCUUUCAUCACUUUUUUUCAUUCUAUUUACUUUUGUUCUUGUGACUGGAUACUUUUUAAAUUUUUAAUUUUUUGAGACGGGGUCUUACUCUGUUACCCAGGCUGGAGUAGAGUGGCACAAUCUUGACUUGCUGCAGCCUCUGCCUCUUGGGCUCAAGCAAUUCUCCCACCUUCUUCCCACCCAGUAGCUGGGCUCACAGGGGCACCACCACGCCUGGCUAAUUUUUUGUAUUUUUGGUAGAGACAGGUUUCACCCUGUUGUGAAGGCUGAUCUCAAACUCCUGAACUGAGGAGAUCCGCCUGCCUCGACCUCCCAAAAUGCUGGGGUUACAGGUAUGAGCCACCAUGUCCAGCCUGACUGGAUAAUUUUAAAUGGCAUGUAUUCAAAAAUUACUGGGCUUUUCUUCUGCUUGAUCUAGUCUGCCAUUGAGUCCCUCUGGUAAAAAUUGUCAGUUCAAUUAUUGUAUUCUUUAUCUCUAGAAUUUCUGUGUGGUUCUUUUUUAUGGUUUUUAAGCUGAUAUUCUCAUUUUGUUCAUUUUUCAUUUUUCUGAUUUCAUUUAGUUAUCUGUAUUGUCUUAUAUAACUCACUGAGUUUCUAUGAAAUGAUUAUUUUGAAUUGUCAGGCAAUUCACAGAUCUUUCCUUAAGACCAGUUGAUAGUGCUUUUUUUCCCCUUCUUUGUUUGUGUCAUAGUUCCCUGACUCAUUAUAUUUCUUGUAGCUUUGUGUUGGUGUCUGUAUAUUUGAAAAAAUAGCCACCUCUCCCAUUCAUUAGGCCUGGGUUCAACAUGGAAAGCCCUUCACCAAUCAGCCUAGCUAGAGAUUUUGGGAGCCUCUUAAUCAUUUUCUAGGGAUAUGUAUACUUCGCUUCCCUCCUUUCCUUCUGAGGAAGAAGAUUAAGCAGAAUUGUGCUAGCUGUGGUGAGCUACCCACCUCUUUUCUUUAUUCUUGACUUCCCCUAGGAAUUUAAACUAUUCUGAUUCUCUCAGUGUUCUGAGUGAGGCAGAACAGAAAGAAGUCUCUUGAGCACUGUGCCAGAAUGCCAGAAAUGAUGAACAUAUGCUUCACUCUCUUCUUUAUUCCUGAAUGGAGCAUCCACAAGCUAAAGCAAUUUCUCCCAGUUCAGAGCUGUGCCAACUUGGGGGAGGGGCUGAUGCAGGUAAACUAAAAUUGUUCUUCCAACUAAUUUCAAUGUGGCUGAUAUCAGUAUUUUUGCUCAUCUGGGGUACUUCUUAACUGGAAGCUGAAAUAUGUGUAAAGCUAUUUUGCUCUGUAUAUCAUUGUUAACUUAUCAUUGUUAAAUAUAUAAUUGUUUCUAUAGGGAGAUGAGGGCUUAGAACUUCCUGUUCCAUCAUCUUUUGAUAUCAAGGAAUUAUAAAUUUUAAAGGUGGUUUUGUUGUAUUUUUACUUUUUUGUGUGUUUGGAAAUAAUAUUAUUCUACCUCAUAAAAGAAAACAAAAUCAAAUCAUAGUGUCAGAAGAGACUCUAGAGAUAAUCUUAAUCCAUAACUCCUGAGAAGACCAGAAAAGUCAAUGUUAUCAGCCAGAAAAUGUUGUAAGCCAAAGUGACUCCUAUGCCUGCCAAAGGAGACUAUAUGGGGUUGGUUAUGACUGGACAAUAACAAGGUAGAUUCAAAAGGCUAUAGGAAAGGAAAUACUGCUUCCAGAAGUAUUUACACAAUUCUGUGAAAGGGUCUGAGCACAUCUGGAAGUGAGGUCAAUCAAUUUAGACUCCAAAAACUUUUGUGGCAACAGUGGAGAGGGGAAAAUAAACACUCCAUGAACAUGAACCUCAACCCCUCGACAUCUGCUCUUCGGAUUGAGGGCAAAGGCAGCCAUAUUACGGCUAGAAAUGUAAGCUGCUUUCUAGUCAGGCACACCCCUCAUCCCAGAAGAGUCUGUCACAUCAAAGGCUUGAAUAACAUUCCUGUCUGUACUGUGAAUGAUGAUGAGAAUGAAUUUGGAACAUUUUGGGGAAGUGGCCAGUCUAACCACUUAGAGAAGAACAGGAUACCAUUUGCCAAGUGCAGUUACCCUCCCAGCACUGCAGGCCAGGAGAGCCCUGUAAGAGGAGUGUCGCCAGCCCCAAACAGUGCCAAAGUGCCCCCACGGCCUCAUUCUGAGCCCAGUAGAAAAAUUAAAGAGUGCUUCAAAACUUCCAGUGAGAAUCCUUUAGUAAUUAAAAAGGAAGAAAUUAAGGCCAAACAGCCACCAUCACCUCCAAAAGCAUGCUCUACUCCUGGCUCCUGUUCUUCAGGGAUGACGAGUACCAAGAAUGAUGUGAAAGCAAACACCAUUUGCAUACCAAACUAUCUGGAUCAGGAAAUAAAAAUCCUGGCAAAGCUCUGUGACAUUUUACAAACUGAUUCACUGGCAGAAGUUUUACAGUGGCUACUUCAUGCAAGUUCAAAAGAAAAAGAGUGGGUCUCAGCUUUGAUUCAUUCUGAGCUUGCUGAGAUAAACCUGUUGACUCAUCACAGAAGAAACACCUCAAUGGAACCAGCAGCAGAGACUGGGAAACCACCCACAGUUAAAUCACCACCCACAGUAAAAUCGCCUCCAGAUUUACCCGCAAAAUCAAAAGUGCUGACCAGAGAUACAGAAGAGCAUCAACCAACCAGAGUGUCAAGUCAAGGAUCUGAAGAAAACAAGGAAGUACCAAAAGAGACUGAGCACAAGCCUCCAUUGUUUAUAAGAAGAAAUAAUAUCAAAAUACCUGUUGCUGAAUAUUUCAGCAAACCAAAGUCUCCUCCCAGGCCUAACACUCAGGAGAGUGGAUCAGCAAAACCAGCGUCUGCAAGGACUAUACAAGAAUACAACCUCUGUCCCCAAAGAGCAUUUUAUCCUUCAACAUAUCGAAGGUAGAAGUUCUAGACUAAGUGAAUUCUUUCAUGAAUAUGACCUUCACAUUUACAUCACUGAAUUAUUUUUCAAAUAAAUAGUUUUGGUACUGAGGAAUCAAGUGGUCCUCUUUAUGGUGGCACAUGUAAAUCUAAAAACAUCUGUAUAUAAUGCUACAAAUAAAUAUUACUGGAGAUGAUAUUUCCAUUUGUAGCUAAUAAGAUGUGUAAAAGAAGUAUGUUUAUUUAUAUACUAUGUUUCCAGUCUUGCACUGUUAGUACAUGAGCAUAAAGCCCUGAUACUAGAAAAAUCAUCCAUAAUCAGAAUUAGGCAGUUACAGUUUGACACCUAACCCAAACUCUGUUGGGGGAAUUGGGGAACAAAGAACAAAAAAUUAAAAACCACCACUACCACAAAAUAAAUAAAUACCAACAACAGAAUUUUAACAUGUGAGCUGAUUUUUACCAUCCAGUGUCUCACUGUUGUUGAACUAUUAUAAAAAAUGCUCCCCUCCCCUUCAAAAAGAAAACAUAUACAAAUUGUUUCUAACUCAUGAGCCAGAAAUAAGCUAGUUUUCAGUCAGUGCUAAUGGUGGACAUUAACAUUUCAUAAUACUGAAUUUUUUGUACUUUUAAAAGAAACCACUCUUGGGCCACAGAUAUCAUUCUUUGAGUGUGCUGCUGUAGUCUAUCUACCAAUAAGCCAAUCCUUUAUUUAGAAUGUUUGCACUGAUGUUCAUCAGAGACACCAUAUAAAUUCAGUGUGUGGUGUGUUCAUGUGUAUGCACGUCUAUGUGUACAUUAAAUUUUAAUAACAUAUUUACUAGGUGUCAGGAAUCAUUCUAAACACUUAAGAUCUAAUAACUGAUUUUCACAAAGACUGUUUGAGGUAACUACUCUUAUUUUCCUCAUUAUUUAAAAUAAGAAAGCUGAGGCACAGAUUUGAACUCAUUGUGAUGGGGUAAGUUGUAACAAAUGCCAUCAUUCAAACACAAUUAUUUCUCACAUGAGAGUCCAAAGUGUGUGUUUCAAAGAUGACUUUGCUUUACUUGGUGAUUUAGAGGCCCAGGAUCCUUCCAUCUGGUGGCUGAACCAACACCUAGGGCUCCACCGUCAACUGUACCAUGCUGGCAAAAGAAAAAUGAGAGUAAAGUGUUAGUUUCUUAUUGCUGAUGUAACAAAUUACCACAAACUUAGUGACUUCAUGCAACACAAAUGUAUUCUCUCACAAUUCUGUAGGCAGAGGUCUGAAAUGGGUCUUAGUCGGCUAAAAUCAAGGUGGGGCAGGACUGCAUUCCUUUCCUAAGCUCUAGGGGACUGUUUGUUUUCUUACCUGUUCCAUUUUCUAGAGGCUAUCUACACGCCUCGGUUCAUGGCUCUCUUUCAACUUCAAAGUCAGCAAUGGCCAGUCAAGUUGUUCUUGUAACAAAUCACUCUGAUGCUGACUCUUCUGCCUCCAUCUUUUAAUUUUGGACCUUUGUGAUUGCAUUGGGCCUGUUAUCCAGCUUAUUCACGAAAAUCUCCUUCAUUUAAGGUCAGCUGAUUAGCAAUUUAAUUCUACCUGCCACCUUAAAUUCCCCCUUACCAUCUAACUUAACAAAUUCAAAGGUUCUGGGAAUUAGGAUCUUAUUAUGCCUUCCACAAGGAGGAUAUAUCUGCUUAAAGUCUUGGCCUUGAAAUGGUAAACAUCACUUCUAGUUAUCGUCCAUCGUUGAGAAUUAGUAUAGCUGAAAGAGAAGCUGAUUAAAAACUUGAGUAGGAACCAUAUUCCAACUAUAGUUAUGUUCUAUGUUAAGAAAAACUAGCUUUUCACACAAAGAUUUCAUGAUUGGCUCAAAGUAUGGCUAGAAUCUACGUGCUUAAGCACUAGGUGCUACUGAUAAAUAUCAAGAUUAUGCUCAACUCAUAAAAUUAAUAAAGUGCUCUCCUUCUUUUGUUAUGAAGAAAUUAUAAUAGCAUCGCCAAUUCUUUUUCCUUAUCAUUUUGCUAAAAUUCAUCUAUCAGACCACAUAGUUUUUGUGUUUUGGGGGGUUGUAGCUCUUUGACAAUUUUAUUUCUACUGUGGUAACUGGUCUAUUUAUAUUUUUGGUAUUUUUGGAGAGGAGGGUCAAUUUUGGAAGUUUAUAUUUUCCUAGAAAAUUAUCCAUUUCAUCCGGGUGUCCAAAUUUCAUAGAAUUGAGAGAUUUAUCUCCUAAUUCAUUAAAUUUAUUCUGCAAUUCUCAUUUUUAUGUAUUUGUAAUUUUUUUCUUGAUUCAGUUAGCUAAUGACUUCACAUUUUGCUAUCAUUUUCAAAAAAACUGGAAUUGGAUUUAUUCUUAUGUCCAACAAUUUUACUAUUUUUGUAUCUCUUUUCAUUUCUUAAUAUCUUUAAGUUCCAUUUUUUAUAUCUUUAGGUUCAUUAUUGUUACAACACCUUGGGUCAAAUCUUAAUUUGUUUAUAUUCACUCAUUCUAUUAGCAUAAAUUUUUAAGGUAAUUAAUUUUUCUCUAUUCACAGCUUUAUGUAGAUCUAUGGAUCUGAUAUGUAGUGUUUUUAUUGUCUCUAUUUUCAAAAUAUUAUAUAAUUUCAGAUUUGAUUUCCUCUUUUAUCUAAUAAGUUCUUGAGAAAAAAAAAAUUAAAUGUAAGGCUUUCAUCCCAUCUCACCAAGUUUAUUUUCCAGUUUAGUGUAUUGUUAUCAGAGAAGCUACCUGUAUUUUUACUUUGGAAAUUCUUCCUUGUGGUCAAAUAUGGUUAUUUUAUGAAUAUUCCAUGGACACUAGAAUACAAGUUGGAUUUUUUGUUUUCAGCCUACAAAAUUUGGUAUCACUAUCUGUAUUAGUAAUUAUAGCAUGUAUAUUUUCCAUAUAUUCAUCUUUUGUCUACUUGCAUUGUAAUAGGUUGAGAAGUAUUAGUUAAAGACUCCUUAUACUGAUGUGUUGUCUCAUGUAAUUGCCAAAGUUUUCUCUCAAUAACUUUGAAUACUAUGUUACCUGAUGCAUAAUCAAAAUGAUUAGAUCUUUCCUAAGGAUUGCAUUCUUGACCAUUACAACAUGUUCUUCUCCUUUGCCUUAUUUAUAAUGUGUUGAACUUUAUCCAAUGCUAACAUUGUGACUUCUUUCUUCAUUUUAUUAGCCUGGUAUGUCUUUUUCUGCUUUUUAUUUUCAAUAUUGCUGAAUAACUUUAAAUACAGCACAUAUUUCUUUUUUAAAUCCAAUUUUGGAGAUUUUUAGACCAUUUAAAUUUGCUGAUAGGACAUACAGAUUUUGUCAUGUGAUUGUGUUUAAUGUUAGCAUUUUUUGUUGCUUUAAUAAGUGUUCCACUAAAUGAUCUGCAAUUUCCUUGUUUUGUUUAGUGAGUGUUCAUUUGGUAAUUUAGAAAGUUUACAUUUUAAAAAUUAUAACUAAGCCUGGCUUCCUCAGAAAGUAAAGCCUGAAACAAAAGCCUAUAUAUUAUUACUAUUUUAGAGCAGGCAAUGUCAAAAAGACUGAGAAACAAGGGAAAUGAAGCAAGAAAUGAGAAAGCCAAAUCAAGCAUUAUCAUUAGCUACUGCUUGACAAUUGUUUGCUCAAACCAUAAGAGACAGAGUAGAUGGAAUAACAUUUCAAUCUUACAUAUAAAAAUACUGAGACCUAACAAAAAGGUUGACUAACUCAUCCAAAGUCCCUCAAUUAACAGUGGCAGUGCAAGGUUUACGCUUAGUCCAAUUUCCUACUGUUUCCAUUGAUUCUGUCAAUGCACCACCUUUUGAUUUUGUCACUGCUUCUCUUCUUCACAUUACUAUCACUGUAUGUGUCUGACAGUGAGAUAGGAAACUAGAGAUAAAUACCUGUAUGCUAACUGGAAUCAAAGUUUAAUGACCUUUGCUGCCCUUAAUUUGAAUCCCUGCCAUUUUCUUUCUUUCUUUUUUUAAAUCUCAUUUUACACCUGCUGUCUGUGUACUGUCUCAGGGCUCUAUAGACAAUUCUUGCCUUUUAUCUACAUAAUUUCUGUGACCUUUCCUGUGUAUAAAGUGAAAUUGUAUGUCACUUUGCUUUAUAACUACCAGUCAAUGGUGGAUUUCAUCAUUGUUCAUUCAUCUCCCAAAAGACAUUUAUUCACUAGAACUGCUUUCUUUUCUCAUUUUUGGUUUUUCCAUUCUGAGCAUUUUCAAAUGCUAUAGUGUCAACAGCACCAGUCUCUGGAGAAUAAGAAUGAGGAAUGGUUCUUCUCUUAAGAAUGAGCUUGCUUUAUGAUGACUGUAAGUUAUUAAAGAAGUUAAAUGUGAGGAAAUUCUAUAUUUCAGCAGACAUAUAUUUUCUGAUACAUUUAUUUAAGUAGUUUACUUCCCUAACUUUGUUCCAAUACAAGUAACUUCAAUAUCUACUGAAGUUUUAACAAAAAAAGAACCUAAAUACACCAAAACAAUGCUGAGAGAAAAGGAUACAUUAAAAUGAGAAAAAAGUUUAAUUUUUUUAAAACCAAAUUUUAAAAUAUCUCAGAAACUAGGUAGUAAUAUUUGCCUUCUUGCCACCAAUAGCCUAGAUAUGGGCCUGUAGUGGGUAGAAUUGUGUACCCCAAAAUAUAUGUCAAAUCCUAAUACAUGGUACCUGUAAAUGUGACCUUAUUUGGAGACAGAGUCUUUGCAGAUGUAGUCAAGAUGAGGUCAUAUUGGAUCAUGGUGAACUCUAAUCCAAUGCUGGUCUCCUUAUAAAAAGAGAGAAAUUUGGACACUGAUGUAAACA